AUCGGUAUCAGUAUCGGCAGUAUCGCGCACCGCUACUAACUGGCGCUUGCACCUCCUCAGCUCCGCCGCUGGGGGCGCUGCAGUUUUCCCGCGUCACGGAAGUCCAAGUCCGUCUUCCUCCUCCGCUGCUGCCUGUAAACAUGGCGGAGGUCAGGCACCGCCUCGGAACGGGAGCGUACAGCUUUGCACAGAAAACAUGUCGCCGGUACGUCCUGCAGAGUCAGAACAAGCGAGGAAACAGCGCAACGAGAGCUCCGUCUGUCUCCACCGAGCUUCCGGUGGCCCAGAGCCCAAAUGGAGGACCGUACGGAGCCGGAGACCCCGAGGACGGAGUGACCGUUGGAGCUUCACAGGAGCUUUACACAAAGGUGACACGUCUGUUUGAGACUUUAGAAAACAUUAAAGAUAAUUCACCUCCUCACAACACCUCGGUUAAAAGUAUAGAGAGAAGUUAUGCCAGCUUUCCGAGCUCUUCCUGCAGCUUCAGCCGGCUGCAGAGCCUCGGUGGUGGGCGUCCAUGUUGGGGACAGUGUGUGUUUAUCAGAGCUUACAGCGGCAACGGGACCCGGUCCGAGCCACUUUACAAGUCCAAAACAGGCUACUAUGAAAUCCUGGAGGUGACACCUGCGGCCACUCACGCCCAGAUUAAAACCGCCUACUACAAGCAGUCCUUCGUCUACCAUCCGGACAGAAACGCAGGCAGCGAGGUGGCCACCGUCCGCUUCUCCGAGAUCAGCGAGGCCUACACGGUGCUCGGCAACAAGGCGCUGAGGAAGAAGUACGACCGGGGGCUGCUGAGCCAGUCAGACCUGGUCGCAACAGCCAGACCCUCCGGGAAGGAGACCACCGCCAAACAGCAACCUGACAGGAGGCGGUCUGUGAUGGACCCGGAGGCCCGAGGAGGUGUCUUUGAUUUCGACACGUUUUUUAAGUCUCACUACAACGAGCAGCUGCAGAGAGAAAAAGACGUCCGGGUCCGUAAGGAGGAGAUGCUGAGGAAGAAGCAGGAGACGUUUGGGGAGAAGAAGCCGGGCAGGCUGCUGGAGAUGGGAGUGGGGCUGAUGGUGGCGUUUGCUAUAGCUUUACUGAUCAGCUUGAAGCGGGGGUGAAGGAGGAAUGUAGUCUUUGUCCCAUCUUAAUAGAAAUGUCACUACAAACAAACCCAACACUGCUGACAUGACUGCCUCUGUCUUGAUCCCGUUGUGCACCCUGGAGGCAGUACGAUUGUGCAAUUUUCCUGCAGGAUUACACUGAUAAGACUCGACUGUAACGUGCAUAUGUUUCAGUUCCUCGGUCUCUAAGCAUUCAUCUCAGCACAGUACUGUACUCGUCUAAUUCAGCACAGUAUUCGUCGGUUGUUGAGUUGAUUCGGUGCACUGGGUUCGUGCACUUGGUGUAGCUGUUGACACAGUCACACACAGCUAACGUGACUCCCAGAACAUACGCAUGGGUAUCUCUGAACUUUGAGGGAGUAAGCUUAAGAAGCCAAACUUGAACAUUGUAUGAACACAAGCUGUCAGAACAAAAGUCAUAACUGUGCAAUAAAUACGUGCCGCUUUUAAACGUACAAAUACUGAGUGAACACAAUGACUGAGAAAGAUCCGGUGGUUGAUUUUCAACCUGGACAACUCUUUUGGCUUUUAUAAAGUCAUCUGUCCGGCAGAUUUCUUUAUUUUUAAAUGGUGAAACCAAGUUUGAUUAUGUUUUUAAAGUAUUGCUAUUUAUGAAAUAGUUGUAGCAGUGAAAGGAAGUGAGAGGUAUGUGGAUUAGUCCUAUAUUCAAGGGCAUUUUGGGAACUGUAGGUUCACGCACGGAUAGUUAAUUUAAAGAAUGUGCCUUGGGUGAUAUAUAUUGUAUGAAUCAAUUGUGUUAUUUAACUAAUAAAUGACUCAUGAGCGGUGCCUGUCAGAGCACAGUGAAA